AUCUAGACUAUCAAUCGAAUCGAAGAAGAAUCAGAGACACAAUCGACGACGACUAGCUGAGAAGAGAGAGAGAGAGAGAUCAGAUAGUGAGAAAAAAUGCCGGUGAUGGAGAAACUGAGGAUGUUCGUGGCGCAGGAGCCUGUUGUCGCCGCCUCCUGUUUAAUCGGCGGUGUUGGACUCUUUCUGCCCGCUGUUGUUAGGCCUAUUCUUGAUUCUCUCGAGGCAUCUAAGCAAGUGAAAGCACCUCCCCUUGCUGAUGUUAUUGCUGGUGUCACAGGGAAGAAACAGACCUAAUCCAAGGCAAUGAUUUCCUCUGUUUUCUUACAUUCAGAUCAUCAUUUUUCCUUUUUUUGUCUUUUAACUCUUUCUAUUUACAAAUGAAAUAAGCCAGACUCCCAUGUUUUUUUUCUUUUGCUCUGAAACUUAUAUAAAGGCGUGUGUGUUUGUACACUCCCUCUUCAUCUUUUUAUCACAUUUAUUCAUGACUAAUCGAAAAGCUUGAAAGUUGUGUUCCCA